UCGAAUUUGGACCGCGAUCACCGCGAUAGUAAGUGCGUCAUUAGGUGUAGAAAUUAAUGGAACUGGAAUUAGCUAAUAUGAUAUGAUAUAGACCUUUAAUAGCAAAAAAGUGUAUAUUUGUGAUCAAAAUGGCCGGGGUCAACAUAAAAGCACUCCGGCUAUCUUCUUCAAGCAUUUACGUGUGUUUGAUUUUGUUCCUCCUGUCGGAAUACGUACCUUCGGUGACGUCAGAGGGGCAUUGCAUCUGGUACGGUACGUGCACGCCGGACAAGGUGAAAGCCCAGGGGAAGAAUACAUAUUGCCAGUACGACGGACCACCGAAGCCAAUACAAGAAGCGUCACGGGCGGUGAUAGAGCAGCUAUGUCCGGAGUACGCGAACGGGCCGGUCUGCUGCGACUCCUCCCAGACGGACGUUCUCAAGUCCAACAUCCAGAUAGCACUGAACAUCCUCGACAGAUGUCCGUCUUGUUCGGACAACUUCAAGCGCCAUAUAUGCGCUAUGACGUGCGCGCCCAACCAUAGCGAAUACCUGAAGGUGGUGAAAACUGAGCCGUAUAAUAAUGAAACCAACAGAAUAUUGGCGAUUGACUACCACCUCAGCGCCGCGUACAUGGAAGGCACAUUUACCUCGUGUGCUAAUGUCCAAAUGCCGUCAACCGGUCAAUCCGCCAUGGACCUGAUGUGCGGGCAGUGGGGCUCCGCGUCCUGCACGCCGCAGCGCUGGUUCGACUUCAUGGGCGACGUCACCGUGCCACAAGUGCCGUUCCAGAUCAACUACAAGAAUGGCACGGAGGAUGGACUGACGCCGGCAGACCCGAAAACUCGGCCGUGUAAUGAGGGGAUUGAGGGUCAGCCAGGCUGCUCGUGCAUGGACUGUGCGGCGUCGUGCCCCGCGCCCCCCGCGCCGCCUCCCCCGCACCGCCCCUUCAGCAUCGCCGGCGCGGACGGCUACGCGGUCAUCAUGGCGAUAGUCUUCGUCAUAUUCACCACGCUGUUCCUCAGCGGGGUGUACUGUUGUAACACGCCGGAGAAUAUUGUCGACGGGUGGGCGCGGGCGGGCGAGCGACGUGGCGGCGGGCCGGAGACCAGCCCCCUGCACAGCCACCGCAGCAGUGUUGUGUCGGAAGGCAAUCAGGAGAUGACAACCAACCCUACGUCUGUCGGAUGGUCUGUGGACCAACCUGACGGGGCCACUGGGGCCACUUUCUUCGAGAGGUUGGGUGCGGAAACGGAAACUAAGUUGGAGGACUUCUUCCAGUGGUGGGGAUGUUUGAUGGCGUCGCGACCCUGGAUCGUACUGUUUGUUGGUCUAUGCGCGAUCGUGGGCCUCGGUUUCGGAAUCCGCCACAUGCAAGUCACCACCAACCCGGUGGAGCUCUGGGCUUCCCCCACCUCCCGCUCGCGGUACGAGCGCAACUACUUCGAUUCCCACUUCGAGCCUUUCUACCGCACCGAGAUGAUCAUCAUCACGUCUAAGGGUCUCCCCAAGAUCGAGUAUACGGACGAUGAUGGGAAGCAGAUGCUGUUCGGCCCGGUGUACAACUCGACUUUCAUGCUGGAUGUGUUGAAUCUGCAGAAUAAAAUUAUGGCGCUCGGCAACAACUCGCGCAUAGAAGACAUCUGCUUCGCGCCGCUAACUUCGCCGUUCCGUGGGCCGGUCACCGCCGGCGACUGCGCCAUACAGUCCCUGUGGGGGUGGUACGGCAAUGACCCUGAUGAAGUCUUAGACAGCCUUGAAGAUAAUGAGUACCUGAGGAGGAUACUGGAGUGUACCAAGAACCCGUAUACGUGCCUCGCGCCGUGGGGCGGGCCCGUGCUGCCGGGAGUUGCGCUGGGCGGCUUCCUCGCGCCAGGCGAGCCCCUUGCAUCCACAUCGCGCUUCCAUGAGGCCAACGCGCUUAUACUCACUUUCAUCGUCAACAACCACUAUGAUAAGGACAAGUUGAAACCCGCCCUCGAAUGGGAGGAAGAAUACAUCAAAUUCAUGACGAACUACACCGCCAACGAGAUGCCACCGUAUAUGGACAUCGCGUACACAUCUGAGAGGUCCAUUGAGGAUGAACUAGAGAAGACGUCUAAGUCGGACGUGUAUACUAUACUUGUGUCAUACUUUAUUAUGUUCGCGUACGUCGCGAUAUCACUCGGCCGCUACACGACAUGUUCGAGACUGCUUAUUGACAGUAAAGUCACUCUUGGAUUAGGAGGUGUGCUGAUCGUGUUAGCGUCCGUUGUAUGUUCUAUCGGCAUAUUCGGCUACGCUGGUGUCCCUGCGACGUUGAUCAUAGUGGAGGUGAUACCGUUCUUGGUAUUGGCUGUCGGCGUGGACAACAUCUUUAUUCUGGUGCAGACGGGACAGCGGGAGCCUAGACGGCCUAACGAGACCGUAGCCGAGCAUAUAGGACGCACGCUGGGUCAAGUGGGUCCCUCGAUGUUCCUGACGUCCGCAUCUGAGUGCACGUGCUUCUUCCUCGGUGCGCUGAGUGACAUGCCCGCGGUGCGCGCGUUCGCGCUGUACGCCGGCGUCGCGCUGCUCGUGGACUUCCUGCUGCAGCUGACGUGCUUCGUCGCGCUGCUCGCCAUAGACACGCACAGGCAGAACGCCAACAGGUUCGACGUGCUCUGUUGUAUCGGCGGCACCAAAUCGGAAGCGGGCGGCGGGGAGGGCGCGCUGUACGGACUGUUCCGUCACCUAUACGUCCCCUUCCUAAUGAAGCGCGAAGUAAGAGCCGCGGUCAUGAUCAUAUUCUUCGCCUGGCUGUGUUCCUCUGUUGCGGUGGCGCCACACAUAGACAUAGGCUUAGAUCAGGAGUUAUCAAUGCCUCAAGACAGCUUCCAACUUAAGUACUUCCAGUAUCUGAACAAAUACCUCAACAUCGGUCCACCCGUGUACUUCGUGGUGACAGAAGGACUGAACUACUCGCAUACUGACACACAGAAUAUGAUAUGUGGCACGCGGUACUGUAACGAUGACAGUUUGACUAUGCAACUUUAUUCUGCGUCAAGAAUGCCAAACAUAUCGUACCUAGCUCAGCCUCCUAAUUCGUGGCUCGACGACUUCUUCGACUGGUCCGGCAAUCGCGAAUGCUGUAAAUACUUCGAAAGCAACUCCAGCUUCUGUCCAAAUACUGGAUCCUCUUGCAAGAAAUGCAACAUACCCCUCGUUGGGCCGGAGCAGCGGCCGUCGGAAAGCGACUUCGAACGCUACGUGCCGUACUUCCUGCAGGACAACCCCGAUCAGAGCACGUGCGUGAAGGGUGGGCACGCGGCGUACGCGCAGGCCGUCAACUACAAGCUGUAUAACCGCACGCGAGCCGAUAUAAAAGCGACGUUCUAUCAGGGUUACCACACGGUGCUGAAAUCCAGUCGCGACUACUACUCCGCCAUGCGAGCCGCGCGCUCCGUAGCUGCGAAUCUCACGGACAUGAUCCGCUCACGCACCGGAGAUAGUUCUGUCAGCGUGUUCCCCUACAGCGUAUUCUACGUGUUCUACGAGCAAUACCUCACCAUGUGGCCAGAUACGCUGAAGUCUAUGGGCAUAUCCGUGCUGUCUAUAUUUAUCGUCACGUUCCUGCUCAUGGGCUUCGAUCUGUUCUCCGCGCUGGUUGUGGUGAUCACGAUCACGAUGAUUGUGGUGAAUAUAGGCGGUCUAAUGUACUGGUGGGGCAUCAGUCUGAACGCUGUGUCGUUAGUUAAUUUGGUGAUGGCAGUGGGCAUAGCAGUCGAAUUCUGCUCGCAUCUCGUCCACUGUUUCAGCGUGUGCGGCGGCGACUCGCGCGUAGAUCGCGCGGCGACGGCACUCACUCGUAUGGGCAGUUCCGUGUUGUCGGGGAUUACCCUUACCAAGUUCGGCGGUAUCAUUGUGCUGGGCACCGCUAAUAGCCAGAUCUUCCAGGUGUUCUACUUCCGUAUGUACCUCGGCAUCGUGUUAUUCGGCGCCGCUCACGGCCUCAUAUUCCUGCCCGUCAUGCUCAGCUUUAUUGGUUCGCCGGUAAACAAACAGAAGCUGGCCAAUCAGAUGCUCCGGGGCAAGGAGGUGGGCGUGGCCGAGACGUCCCUCACGAGAGUAAGCGAUGGACAAUAUUAUAGGCAGUAUAUCUUUGACGCGGUUAGAGCGUAAACGAGACUGGACCAUAUGAACAUCGGCAUACGGUUCAAAUUCAUUUAUUAACAAGCGGGUGACGGGUUAUUCGAUAUAUAAUUUACAUGAUACGAUACGAUAUCGCUCUGAUUAAAAGUAAUUUGAGGACAUGGAUGUGUUUGUAUAAAACAUAUACCUGUCUCUAUAUAUUUUUUUUGCUAUGACAUUUAGACAUUCAUAAAGUGCUUUUAUAUAAAAAGCAUAAGGUCGUUACCGAUUUAUCGUAUCGCAUGUGUAAACGCCUUAACAGUAUUCUCUAACGAUGCUCGUGAUGUUCACAGUUCAAUCUCGCUACUAACUUAUCGAUGUUUUCAUGUUGAGUGAAUGGGUCUUACGAUAAAAAUAUGUAAAAUCGUGUCUAUAUUGAUGUCGAGUCGACUAUUGAUGUAUGUAGAGAUGUUUAGUGAAAUAGCAUUUAAUGUGAUAUUUGACGCUAUUUUUGUUUGAGAAAUUUAAGCUGAUGCCGCCUUUCGGCUGGAAUAAUACGGUUGAUGGGGCCCAAAGAACACGAAUAUUUUUAUCAAAUGCAUGAAUUGUAGAUGUAUUUUACGUUGUCACCGCAAAUGAAAUUCGCUAUCGAUGUUAGCACCAAUGUUGACUGCACUAAAGUAGAUUGUACUUAAGUCGUACUUAAGUAAAAGCAACAGUUUGGUGAAACGCUUUCAGCCUUAGGGCGUAUGUAGCUCACUUCAUAUGUAUCUUUAAUAUUUAUUUUUUUUUUAAUUUAUUUUUUAAUUUAUUUCAAAUAAUUGAAUAGUAUUGUAGAGAAGCAGGUAACAUCCAGUGAUGUACUACCAGAAAUAGUAUUUUUUUUUAUUGACCCAAAGUUCCACUGCGGUCAUUUCCUAAUAUAUUUAUAAAUUAUUUUAUUUUUAAGGUAAGUAAAUCUCUUGUUAUUACGACGACAGGCAUAUUGUUUAGUUUCUUUUGAGAAACAGAUUAUUUUAUUUUUACUGUUAAAUAUUUUUUAAUAUUUGUACUAGGUAUUGUCACGAUCAUUUUCAAUAAUGUAUUCGAAAUUCGAAUAUGCCUCUCCUUGUAAGCCCAACAAUUAAGUCAAGUGCGAGCGCGUGUCAAAAUUGUCUUUAUUCUGCCAUUUGUAUUUCAGGUAUCGAUAGCACGCAAAAUAGUUUAGUUAUCUAAAAGUGUAACUACAGGAAAUCAAUUUUUUUUAAAUAGAGUCUAUUCUGAGCGCUAAAGUCGAUAAUCGGAAUACAAUGGAGACAAUUUUGUACCCGGUGCGCGCUAGUCUUUAUUAGCGCAGUAUAGAAUAGUAGAACAUCUUCAUACAGAUAUCCUGUAAGUCAUAGCACUGCUUUCGCAUUAUUUGUUAGGUGCGUGUGUGUGUGUGCGUAUAGACGCCUGCCGUUCACGAACACAUUUCAAUCGCGGCGCAUUUUUACAUAGAUGUUCUACUGAUUUAUACUGUGUUAUCAGUAAUUGUGGCACAUUGUAUUAAUUUCCUUACUUUUUAUAAAAUAAUUUUUGCAUUUAACUAACACGGGUACAUGGCGAACUAAAAUGGUGUCGGUAUAAUUGUUUACUAAAUAUUGCGUUUGUACAAAAGUCAAAUAUUCUUACAGGUACGCCUGUAGCCAAGGAAAUUAAGAACAAAUGAGAAUUAUUUUCUUCUGUGUUAGAUUAUUUGUAAUUUUUGAGAUUUUAGCUGUACUAUGUUCCUAUCGAGGUGUAUGUUAUAUAUUGUUCACGAGAAUUCGAAUUUUAUACUAUAAUAUGUCGGAAUCUCCUACUUAAAUUUAGUACUUAAAAGUUAAAGGAACAUCCAAAGGUAAUGGUUAAUUGUAUGCACCGAUGUAUGUGAUAGUAAUAAAUUAUGUUUGUAUUUUA